AUGCCCAAAGCUGCAAUGGCUGCGCGGAAUAGUGUUCGGGUAGCUAGCACGGCCGGCCGAUUGGCCUCUGGUCCGGGUGCUUCCCGCAGUCAUGCUGCAAGAUCUCUGCCGGCAGCUGUCGACCCCCCUAGAUCGCGGCCACGUCAGUCGCAGUCCUCGGAAGUCGCCAGGGUACCCGACUCGCCUCCGGCAAGUGACUCCUACGAGAAGGAUCAUCCGCACUGCGUGAAGUUUAUCAAGGAAGCAGAGGAAGAAAUUCGGCUACUACGGGAGCGUCUGGCCGAAGACGGACAACAGGCUGACUCCAUACAACAGCUAAGAGGAGACAAAGCGCGGCUGGCCGCUCAAGUUGGGCGGCUCAACGCGCAGGUUCAAGAACUGCAAAAGCAGCUCUCCACCGCUACCGCAGAUGCCGAAAACCGAGCGCAUGAAAACAUACAGUCGUUCUUACAAGAGAUCUUUAUCGAUGCGUCGUCUACGGUGGACAAGGUCUGUAGCCGGAUGAAUGUAUCCCAUUUCGACCAGUGUUUGGCGGGACCUAAUGGAGGUAGCGCUCCCUUGGCCGGCCCGAAUGGGCAGUUCGCGAUGAACAACUACAACGCAGGACCUGCGAAUCCCUUCCCAGGGAAUGUGGAUGAUCUACCCGAAUUCCCUUUGUAUCCGACCGAUACUUGA